CUACUGAGGCCUCAAUUAAUGUAAUUUUUUGGGAUCUAUUUUUAUUUCUGAAAUUUACCACCCUCGGCUUAUACUGGAGUCAAUGAUCUCCCAGUUUUUUUUUGUGGUAAAAUUAGAUGCCUCGGCUUAUAUUCGGGUCGACUUAUAUUCGAGUAUAUAUGGUGACUUGAGAACAUACCGCAAGUCGCUUCUGGUGUGAGAGAAUAGGCUGUCUACUGAGAUGUUGCCCAGGGGACGUCCGAAUGUAUUACCAUCCUGCUGGAAGGCUUCCCUCAUGUCUCCGCAAGCUAGAGCUGACAGAUGGGAACUCACCCAUUCGAACCGCCAGUCUUCAAAUCAGCAACCCUAUCCUUCAGAAAAAAACAGGGCUUCCUCCAAAAAGAGACAUAAGCAAAACAGGCAUUGUGCCUCCAAAAGCGUGGAAGAGCUGGACAUCCUGGUCGAAGUCCUCCAGGAAGAUUUAAAUGCGAGCCAAUCCAAAUUUGGAUUACAGAUGCCAACACCGUACGGACAAGUGUCGGCCCCAGAAUCUCAGAGUCCUUGGAUAGAAAGGGUUGGAAACCCACCAUCAGAAGAGCAUUGGGAAUCUAUUCCAUUUCAACCACGUUCCCCAGACAUUUCGUGGCAUCCGUUUGGUUGUGGAGCGAUGGAAGGAUGUCCAACUCCGACCAACAUCUUCCGAAAUCAAUGCGAGGAAGAAAGACGUUGGCAGAAGGUACGUUUCCAAGUUCUGACCAAAGACGAUCCACCUGGGAAUCUCAUCUUGAACAAUGAAGGAAGGACACAGAAGCCAUGCGCCGGGUCAUUUUUGAAGCAGGAGGUUCCAAAGAUAUCUUUAUUCCAGUUCCAGCUCCAACAGGAAGAAGCCCGGCUGAGGAACAUCUCAAUGGAGAAGCUUCUUGAGCCAGAUCCACAUGGAAAUAGACCUCUGCACGGGGCUGUGACACAAGGGAGAAGGGCUCUGGCCUAUGCGCUGGCGUGGCGGAUGGCAUAUCUGAACAAAAUUGAUGAGAAGGACACAGCAAAACAGACUGCAUUGCACAUCGCAGCUCGGAAGAACCACCAACUUAUCGCCGGUGAUUUGAUUGCCUUGGGAGCCAACGUCAAUGCAAAGGACAUCUUGGGAAAGACUCCGUUGCACCUUUGUGCAGAGAAGGGCAACCUGGCAGUCCUGGAAGUCUUGCAAAGCUGCCAGCAAAAUGGCACCCACGUCGAGGUGGACGUAACCAACAAUCAAGGAUUAACACCGUUACAGGGAGGGGCUCUUGCUCAUGCUGCACUUGUGAAGGAUUUGGAAAUCCCCGGCCUCUCCCUUGACAUUAAGCAAGUUCUCGCCCUGCGUAAGGACAGGAUUUUGAGAGGCAUCUGCUGCUUGGUGGAGAUGGGAGCUGACCCGUGGGUGCAAGGCACCACAUCGUCCGAUCAAACGUCACAUUGUUUUGCAAAGAUGCAGGAAGAUAAGGAGCUGAUGAAUGCGUUCCAGAUUUACGGACCCAGACGGACCCAGGAAUCUGGCUCUCUCCGGAACAGAGAUGCCCUUCAAUGCUUGCAAGCGGAAAGGAUAGAUUCACCCGCGGUUUUAUUUUCCAAACUCUUGGACCAAUUUCUUGGUCCAAGUCUCAUGUAAACAGGAGGAUCGGUGCAAGC